AUGUCCAAGCCUAUCAUCGUGUUUGCUCCGGGUGCCUGGCACACGCCUGACUGCUUCGACAUCACCCGCGAUCAACUGCACCAGCGCGGAUGGGAAACCGAGGCUGUAGCGUACCCCUCCGUUGGAGCGGAGCCUCCCAACAAAGGCCUUGCAGAUGACGCCGCGGCACUGCGUUCUACCUUAGAAAAGAUUGCUGAUGAAGGCAAAGAAAUUGUCCUGGUUGUGCACUCAUACGGAGGUUUGGUCGGACAAAAUGCUCUCAUGGGCCUGGGGUUGAAGCAGCGGCAGGCCAUGGGUAAAAAAGGUGGUGUCACCAUCUUUGUUUACCUUGCUGCUUUCGUCGCUCCGAAGGGGGCAAGUAUUAAGGCUAUGCUUGGUGGCCAAUUCCUACCCUGGAUGAAGUUCGAUGGUGAUUACGGUUACGCCGCUACGCCCGAAACCGUGUUUUAUCACGAUCUCAGCGAGGAGGCACAAAAGACAGCCAUAGCUAAACUGAAACAUCAAUCAGCGCGCAUCUUCACCGACGAGGUGACCUACGAGCCGUGGCACGAGAUUCCGACCAUGUACUUCUUCUGCGAGGGAGACAAAGCACUUCCGCUACCUAUCCAGCAGCAGAUGGCACAAAUGCUAGGUGCGGAUGCGCCGACCUUCAAAUCAGUCGGUUCGCAUUCGCCUUUUCUGAGCCAACCUCAAGAGGUUGUUGAGGGUCUGGAGUUUGCGGCUAAGGUUGGUGAAAGUAAGAAGUAG